AACUAAUAAGGUCAAACUAAGCUGCAUUACAAAACUAUCGAAAAAGAAACUAUCUUUAUUACCUAAACCAAUAAUCAAAAGAUGAUGGCAAAAUUCAUGACGAUUCUUCCUCUAUCAAUCUUCUUCUUCUUCCUCAUUUUCCCUCCACCUGCAUUAUGUUCCACUAAUCAAACAGACCAACUCUCAUUACUCGCCAUAAAAUCAAGCCUUCAAGAUCCACAAGGAGCUCUCACCUCAUGGAACCAAACACUCCCUCUCUGCAGCUGGAAAGGCAUCCAAUGCCGCGGCGGCAGAGUCGUCGCUCUAAACUUGACGUCUCAAGGCCUCGUCGGCAACCUCUCCCCUCACGUAGGUAACCUCUCUUCUCUCACUACCAUCCUCCUCAGAAACAACUCUUUUCAAGGCCCAAUUCCUGCAGAAAUCACUCUCUUAAGUAGCCUUCAGAUUCUUGAUUUCAGCAACAACUCUUUCAUGGGCGCAAUACCCACAAACUUGUCCCAAUGCACCAACCUUGUGCGGCUUGCUCUCACCAGGAAUCUCCUUUCCGGAACCAUACCAAUUGAACUAGGUUUCUUGCCCAAACUCGACGAUAUAUCCUUUACAAGAAACCAAAAUAUUUCUGGGCCUAUCCCUUCAUCCUUUGGUAACCUAACUACGCUCACAAGCCUCUCAUUAGGAUCAUGCAGCUUGGCCGGAGAGAUCCCCGAAUCACUCGGCCGCCUCCGUCGCCUCGCCUUUCUUCAACUGAGUGAGAAUGGUUUCACUGGUAGUAUUCCUCAUGCUCUGUUUAAUUUAUCUGAUAUGAUAUACUUUGAUGUUUCUGUUAACCAUUUUGAAGGAGUUCUUCCUUCUACUAUUGGUUUCACACUUCCUAAUCUUGCUGUCCUACUUCUUGAGCGCAACCAAUUUAGUGGGCCAAUUCCUAGUUCCAUUUCAAAUGCUUCAUUGAUUGAGUGGAUCAUUUUGUCCUCCAAUCAGUUUACUGGACCUAUACCAAAUCUUGAGAGGCUCACUCUGAUCCAAGAUUUCUUCUUACAUUCAAAUCUAAUUGAAGAUGAUAUCAGCUUCAUUUCAUCAUUGACAAAUUCCACCAAGUUAGAGCGAUUUGAUGUUAGUGAGAACAUGUUGAGUGGUUCUUUGCCGGAAUCCUUAGCUAACUUGUCCAUUCCUAUCAAUAUGUUGUAUAUACACAAGAAUCAAAUACAUGGAAACAUUCCUGUUGGCAUUGGAAACCUUAUCAAUCUUGAAGUGGUUGAUCUUUCUGACAAUCUUCUUGAUGGCCUAAUUCCCAUGUCAAUAUCAAAGCUCUCAAAUUUGCAUAACCUUUUUAUGGGAAGAAACAGAUUCGCAGGCGAACUGCCAUCACUAUUUGGAAACUUGACUCUUUUGAGUAGAUUGCAGCUAGAUGGCAAUGAGCUUUCUGGAAAUGUGCCUUCAAGUCUUGCCAACUGCUCCAACUUGUUAGAGUUAGACCUCUCUGAUAACAACUUCACUGGUUUGAUCCCUCAAGAAAUCAUGAGGCUUUCAUCUAUUUCCAUUGUCCUUAAUCUCUCUCACAAUGCUUUUGUGGGAUCUAUUCCAUAUGAAGUUGGUUCUUUGAGAAAUCUCGCGUCUUUGGACUUGUCUAGCAAUAGACUGUCUGGACCGAUUCCCAGCUCUUUAAGCAGCUAUGUGAGCUUGCAACAGCUCUACCUCGAUGACAAUUUACUCGAAGGAGAGGUUCCUGCAGGAAUGAGUUCUUUGAUGGGCUUGCAAGAGUUGGAUCUAUCGCAUAAUAAUCUGUCUGGUCCGAUUCCAACAUUUUUGGGGAAUUUGAAGCUCAAGAAGCUCAAUUUGUCCUUCAAUAAGCUACACGGAGAUGUUCCAACAGGAGGAGUAUUCAAGAACAGGACUUCAGUUUCUCUUGAUGGAAACCAAGGACUUUGUGGUGGAACUGUGGAGUUAGCCUUUCCUCCUUGCAAAGGAGUGAAAUCUAAUUCCAACUUGUCAACUUUGUUGAAGAUCUUGAUCCCAAUAUUUGUUAUAGGAGGCUUAUGCAUUGUGAUUUUAGUAUUCCUCAAGUGCAAGAAAACAGAAAAUCCCCCUCCUAUUGUUUCAUCUGAUGAUACCAUUGGUGCCCAAUUACUGAAGCUUUCUUAUGCAGAUCUCCUAAAAGCAACAAGUGGAUUCUCUGAGAGUAACUUGGUUGGUUUCGGGAGAUUCGGGUCCAUUUACAAAGCGAUCCUUGAUGACGAUAAAGACACAACUGUAGCAGUCAAAGUACUCAAUCUUGAUGUUAGAGGGGCCUCAAAAACUUUCAUGGCAGAAUGCAGAGCAUUGGGAAGCAUAAGGCAUAGGAAUUUGGUGAAACUACUAAGUGUUUGUGAUAGUCUGGAUUUUCAAGGCAAGAAUUUCAAAGCAUUGGUUUAUGAGUUCAAAGUUAAUGGGAGUUUGGAGCAAUGGUUGUACAAUGAUGAAAAAAGUGGUGAGGAUUUUAAGUGUCUUAGCAUAAUCCAGAGGCUUAAUAUUGCAUUUGAUAUUGCUCAGGGGAUUAAAUACCUUCACUUUGGUAGUGGUUCAACUAUUAUUCAUGGUGAUUUGAAACCAAGCAACAUUCUGUUGGAUGAUGAUAUGGUUGCUUGUGUUGGUGAUUUUGGAUUAGCUAAGAUUGUCUCAAACAUACUUCCAUCACAUGAAAGCAAUAGUUCAAUUGGGAUUAAGGGCACCUUAGGCUAUGUCCCUCCAGAAUAUGGGACGUGUGAGUCGAUUUCUAUGCAAGGGGAUGUGUAUAGCUACGGAAUCAUUCUUCUGGAGAUGUUCACAAAUAAAAGACCCACGGAUGAUUUAUUUGGUGAUGAUCAAAAUCUGCACAGAUUUGUGAGCUCUGCUUUACCAGAUCGAGUAAUGGAAAUUGUUGAUCCACAAUUUGAGAUAGGAGCAUUGAAGAUGAAGUGUAUAGCUCGUGUUUUAAGCAUUGGAGUGUCAUGUUCGAAGGAGAAUCCAAGAGAUAGGAUGCCAAUUGCUCAUGUUGUUAAUGAAUUGUCUGACAUUCUAGACUUGUUUCGUAACUGAACAACUUUUUGGUUUUGUAAUAUUCAAAGUCUGUAUUUCAAUAAAAAAAAAGUUAUUUGUGUGUAAA